UGAUAGGAAUACACACCCAGGCGCCACCGGAGUCACUUGUUCAGAAAGGUCUUUGAGGAGAGCGGUUGGAGCCUCCCUCUGUGAUUUCUGCAGGACCUGUACAUAUACUCCCCCUCAGCAGAAGACACUGGGUAAGCAAGGGCAAAAAAGCAGUGGCCCAGGACCAGAACAGUCUACAGCUGAGUCAAAAAUUGAGAAAGAUAACCCAGUCACGAAGACUCCUAAGAUUAUUGUAUGGAUAAACCAGUACCCGAAGGUGAUUCUUUGUGAUAUAACCCAAAAAUGUGAUGUUUGCAGUCACAAUUGUGGCUACGUGUUACCAGAAGCUCUCAAGACCAAGGUUGUACGUUGCUUCAAAUGGGAUAUGAGAGAUGGAUUUCGGUUCGGGCCCAGCUGUUUAGGGCAUAAAAAACACAAAAGUGAGGAAAGUGCUGUGGCUAAAAAUAGCAAGUUGUGUCCCAGAGUUCAGUCUGAGGAGAACUUCUGUCAGUCUCAGAGUCUUACUGAAAACCAGCAACUCCUGAGAGAGCACACAGAUGCAGAGAAUUUAACUAAUCAUACCAAAUAUAAUUUCCAUAAGGGUUGGAAAAGUGAAGCCUCUGCAACUUGUUCUGCUUCGCUCCUAGUAGGUAAAAGCACAAACGAGGGGGAGUACAGGGCUAGCAUGUGGGACAGAGAUGUUGAGGAAGACCCUGUUCCAGGAUGUGACCCCAUAGGGCCGGAGGAUCACAGGAGAAAAAAGAAAAAAGCUUGGGGAAAGCUUUAAAGAUGGGAGUUUGCCCUCCACCCCAGACUCACAAAGCAGUAGUUACAGUGACACUGUAAAAACUUGCUCUAGAGACAGAGAGAAAACAUGUCCAGUCAUGUCUAGAGGUUACAUUUGGGAGCUGCAGCGCUUGCCGGUCAAAUGUUAAAGGAAACUGUGACCAAAGUAAAACAUAUGCAACACAAAUGUCAUCAGAGCCGCUGCAUCAGAUGAACGAGGUGGACACAGAGUCAUUCACCUGCCAGAGAGUGAGGGUCUAUUGCAGAAAAAUAAAUUCUUCUUGUGCACGGACAUAUAUGCCUUGGCCCUUCUCUAACACCAGCCGCACCCUUACGGCUCAUGCUGGUGCUACAGCCUGCCCCGCAGAGCCUGUUCAUCCAUCAGCUAGAAAUAACAGUGACUCUCCAAUAAAUCAGAAUCAGUCAGGUUCACCAAGCAGCAGAACCAAUGACUUGCUCCCAUCUGCACCCACGGACACAACCUGCCAAGUUUCCAGUCAAAGUGAAGAGAGGCGAGAAGAGGAUGGGGAGCACAUCAUAGUAAAGAGAAACGGGAAAAGACAUGGUAAUAUGUCUUCAUACUCUUCAGAUAGCAAAAAUCAAAGCAAAAACAUGGAGUCUGCACCUUGUUUGAUGGAGGCUGAGGAAUCAGUAGCCAGUCUACUUUCAGAUGCGGCUGCCCUUUACACCCCAAGCCAGCCUGGAAGAGAGCCUGGUACUGACGCAGUCUCAGCCUUGUCUACGCCAGUUAAUGGUCCAGAAACCAACAGCUCCUUAUCUACCCCUUCCCCUUCAUCACUGGGCCUGAGUGAGUGGGAAACAGCCACCACUACUUUGUCUACCAUGUCAUCUCUGUUCACACAUGGUGGUUUGAGCAGCCUCUCAGCCACGCCAUCUUCUCUCCCACCUUCACUGUUUCUACCGGAGAAAGUCAGAGAUGGUGAGUUGGCUGAAGUUCUUUCUGCAAGCACAUCACCAAGGUCCCACUUACCCAAACAUGUUAUCAAAGCUGUGGAAAAACCAUUGUUCCACUGCGAAGAAACUUUAAUGGCUUCAUGUUGUUCUUCACCCUCAUCUUCAGCUUUUUUCUCACACAGCUUCGACUCCUUUCAGUCGUGUGAAUCCUCCCUCCUCCUUCCUCAAGAUGAACAAGGGAGUAGUAAAGAAAUUCUCACAGACAGGAGCCCACCCAAAUUGGAGUCAUAUUAUAUCACAAGCCCCUUUAACCAGAACCAAUCUGUUGCUUUUGGAAGAAACCGUUCAUCAUCACACAACAUGACUAAAGAACAGUGUGUAGAAACUAACUCAGAUAAGUUUAUGCUUCCACCGCUGCUUUCUCCUGUCACUUCACCUCAGGGGCACUCGUGUACAAGCUUCCUGUCCCCGUGCUGUUCAGAUGAAGAGGAGGAGGAGGAGGAGGAGAUGACAAACAAAGACACCAACACACACGAAAUGUUACCCGGACAUCACAUACCAGAAAUUGAUAAUGGUAGUCGUCAAAAGUGCGAGGAAUAUCCUGACUGCCACCAACCUGAAGGAUGCGAUAAUGAAGACUUAGAGGGAGUAUCGUCAGAAUUUAAAAGUCCAUCUCCUCACAGCAGUGUUGGAGAUGAGAGUGAUGAUAGAGAAGAGGAGAGCGAGGAUGAAACUGAUUACGAAGACGAUGUAGAACAGGGUAACAGAGGUUCUCAACAAGUUCCCUUGGCUCCUAAAUUAAAGGCAAACCUUACAUCAGGUGUUGUGACAGAUCCUUGCUCUUCUCCCAGCAGUGAUGAGGGACAGCCAAGUUCCAGAGAUGAGGGAUCAAGUUCAUCUGAAAUAGCGGGCAGUGAAAGGGAUACAGCUAAAUCAGAAGCAGCUGGUGAUACUCAGCCCAGCAUUUUGGAUGAGUUCACAGCUUAUGAACAGGAUAUCCUGCUUGUCGACGUGAUCCAGGAUGACCCAGAGCUGUUUGAAAACCUACCACAGCAAAGUCUGCUAAAACUGGGUCCUACGAGGGUCAGUGAAGCCCCUAAAAGCAGACAUACUGGAGUGGUGAAAACCCUAUCGCUAAGGACAGGUGGAGCAUCAGUGGAGCAUGAACAAAGAUUGACACCAGUUACUAUAGAUUUUCACUGUGACAGUCCUGAUAUCACAGAGGAGAGUAACAGCAGACCCUGGAGACCUCAGAGUAGCAGCACCCCCUCCAAAGUGCAGAACACAUGGCCUGCGACAGACAAGCAAACCAGAAACAUGGGCCAGUCCGAUGCCAAUAACAAUCAUGUGAACGGAGGCCUAGAGAGUAGGAGCCAGCCCAUCCAGACAGUAAACUCCCCACAUAAUAUCCCCCCGCUUUCAACCAUAAGAAAUGGGCCAUGGACCACAAACCCAGCAAACAUGAUGGAUAUUAGACGUCAGAAAUCUAACUCUUACUGCAGGCAAUACUUCAGUGAAUCAUUUUCCUGUGGAUUCAAGAUGUGUCGAUUCCAGCAUGUGCCUGUGGAGGGGGAUGAGAAGUUCUGUGUUGAAACAGUGACACGGUUCAUCAAAAAUCCAAUGUGUCUUCAGAAAGCAAAAGCUGUGUUUACAGGCUACUAUGAGAACAACCCACCAGGAGUGUAUUUCUCCAUGCCAGUGCUUCUGUCUCUCCUCUGGUCUCUGCUCAAAGCCAGCAUGGUGUCUGAUGUCUUCUCAGUCCUCAGUGUCAGUUUGGCCCACAAGAUAGUGCCCAGCCAUGAGUUCCUGCUGGCCCUCUUCAACUUUGUGAGAGAGAAGGGGCUCAUAGGCUCUGUACCUGAACUCAUGCAGCUCACGUUUGAGAUGGCCAGUGCAGGUCUAGGACUGAGUUUGGAUUGCCUUGACUGUGUCAAAAACACUCCUGAGUUCCAGCAGGCGGUCCAUCCCAACUCACCUGUUUCAGUGUCCGGCAACCACAAACUGUCCUCCAGUACUUCCUUUCCAGAGUGCCUGAAUUUUGCCCACUCCAUUGUGGAAAUAGAGCUUUGUACCAAGCAAGAGGACUGGAGGCGGAUGGGAGAGGUUUUCAGGUCCUUCUGCCAAACCAGCCAACAUCCCAACCAAGUGGAACAAAUCAGCGGUCGCAUCGCCAUAGCACUCCUGUCUGAGAGCAAAGAUAAGCUGUCUCUGCCUUUUGCUGCCUUUGCUGAGACAGUGUGUCAGAUUGAUGCUCAGGACACUCUGAUCCGGAGUUUUUUAGGCAGAAUUGGAGUCUCGCUUAUGUUAAGAUACCACAAAACACAUCAGUGGGCCAAGGGUCGGAGGGUGGUGGAGGUUCUGUCUGUUUCAAAAGUCAACUACUCAACACUGAAGGGUCUGUUUGGGAACGAGGAUGGAGCUUCACGCUGCUGCCUGGUCACUGUGGCCACCGAGCUCUUCCUUCUGAGUGGCAGUGUGGAGGGAGCUCUGAACACACUACCGAGGUAACAGAUGAUGCCCAGAC